AAUUUCAAAGGGAAAAAAAGUUUCAGAAAAUGUGGCGGGUAUUUGUUUCCCACGCUCUGUUUCACUAAAACGCCAUAACAAAAACAAUACAGGCGGCAAAUCUAAGAUUUCGAUCUCCCUUUUUAAAUCUCUCUGCGAUCUACGGGACUGUUGACACAAUCCCUAAAUCCUUCAUCAGAGAUCUAAAACUAGAAAAUAAAAAAAACAAGCCCCAAUGGAUGCUCAGUAUCAGAACUUGCCUCCUCUCAAAAGAUUAAGAUUGAUGCAGCGAGAUCUCGAGCUUGCUCAUCAGCAGCAGCAACGGAGUCAAUCCGAGGAGGAGGUGAAGCCGUCGCAGUUGCCGGGGAAGAAGAGGAAGCAUUCUCGUCUUGAUUACGAUGAGGAGAACUCCGAAGAAGCCCCAAUCCAGCGUUGUUGUCUCCCGGCGAAGAAGAGGAUAUGGGCGAUCGAUCCAGAUCUGCUCUCCGGUGAUAAUAAUCCGUUUUCGCCUUUCGAUCUGAACGUUGAGUAUAAGCCUUGUGUAGACGAGGACGGAAUCGAGAAGAAGAAGAAGGAUCUAUUCGUUGAAUCGAGUGAAGAAAACGACAGUAACAAAGAGAAUAUAGAUCCUCUGGGAGAAGAAGAAGCUUUAGAUCUCUCUGGUGAAGAAGUAGAAGAAGAUGGUAUUAUGUGUGCUGUAUGUCAAAGCCCAGAUGGUGAUCCAUCGAAUCCAAUCGUCUUCUGCGAUGGUUGCGACUUAAUGGUCCACGCUUCUUGUUACGGUAACCCUCUGGUUAAAGCCAUACCAGAAGGUGACUGGUUUUGCAGUCACUGUACUGCGUUGAAGAGCAGAGAAAAAAAGUCUCUCUCUUGCUGCUUGUGUACGACCAAAGGUGGAGCGGUGAAACCGACGAAGGAUGGUCGAUGGGCCCACAUCGCUUGCGCCUUGUUCGUGCCGGAAGUCUACUUCGAGGAUCCUGAAGGAAGGGAAGGGAUUUGUUGCAGCGAGAUACCGAGUAAGAGGUGGAAAGAGAGGUGUUACUUGUGCAAGGUUAGACGCGGGUGUGUUAUCGAGUGUUCGGAGAUGAAGUGCCAGCUGGCUUUUCAUGUUACUUGCGGGUUGAAGGAAGAUCUUUGCAUUGAGUACCGUGAAGGCAAGAGGAGUGGUGGUAUUGUUGUUGGGUUUUGUAGUGAGCAUACUAAACUUUGGGAAAGGGAAAGUGGAAAGUACAAGAUUGUUGCCAGAGAUGAAGCUAAGAAGUAGCAGAAUAAGCACUCUUUUGUUUGCAACUCUGAGGAGCUUCAGUUAAUUAUGAUUGUUUUACAACAGUUUUCUUAUUCUCAUAGUUAUCUGAUGAGUAGUAGCUGUUUCUUCAUUCUUGUCAAGUUUAUGUUUUUUUUUCUUUUCUUCAAGAGGCUAUGUUAUGUUCUGUGUUGACUUGUUCUAAGCUGCACAAGGCUAAAACUUGGUCAAUCUAGUUCUAACUCGUUGUAUCUUUUCUCGUUUACGUCAUAAUAAUAAUAGUUAUAAUUUCUUUUGGAAGAUA